AUGUCCAAUACCCAGGCGACAAAUCCCAUUGGUACUCAGCGUGCGGCAGCUAAUAUGGAGGAAUCCUGCAAUGGAGUCUGGUGUAGAAACAGAACUGGAGGAGGAAAGCUAUCACUGUCGCUGUCGGUUACACCAUGUCGUUGUCGACGAGCUUCCAGAACCAGCCGCCGAAGUAGUUCAAUCGGAUGUCGUUCGCUUCUAGCUAGACGUAGCUCGGCCGGAUUAUGGUGGAUCACUUGCCAAGAUCCAGCUAAGUUAAUCUCGGAGAUAAACAGUCAAGUGGCGUUAUUUCGUGAUCUAUUAAUCCACAUCGGAACAGCCAAAGACUGCCCGGAAAUGAGGGAAAAAAUCAGGAAAUUGAGAAGAAAUUGCGUAGACGCUUGUAAACAUACCUGCCAAUUACUUUUACCGCAAAUUCGAAGCUCGCUAGCCGAAGGCAUUCCGAUGGACCAUCCGCAUUUGGUGUUCUUAUUUUUCAUGUGCCAAUUAUUUUUACGUGAGCUUGCAAAAUGUAGCCGACUCGUACAGCUGAUUCCAAUGGAUAUGUCCGGUUAUUUUGAAAAUCGUGCCGGGCCAUCCAACAUAGGCAAUGUGAUAAGCCAAAUUUUACUAUGUAAACAAAUUGCUCCUGAUUUCAAUCAAGAAGAAAUUUGCAGCAUAGCCAAAGAUUCCCAAGAGUUGACCAGAAUUAUACAAGAAAUACAAGAAUUUCUUCCGCAGCAAGACUUGAACGCUGAAAAAGGAUCGGCCCUAGUAUUGGAAGAAGGCGCCAGUAAAUGGACACGCAAAAAAAGACGAAACUCGAUAUACAAUAACGUCGGAUCAUUUUGCUGCUUCUGUCGACCAAACUAUCUGUGAUUUACGAGCAACUACAUACAUACGACUACGACUAUACGAGUGAUUCGACAUUUCCAUUCCACAUCCCAUCGCUACAUUAUACUUACGUUCUGUGCGACAAACGAAAAGCAAAACUACGUAUACACAAAACGCGAAGGUAGAACUUUACAUUUACAUACUUCAACUUUACUAUACUUAUUCGUAAACUUAUUCCGAUGAAGGGGAUAAAAACAAAAAAACAAAAACAAAAAACCAACGAAAAAAAGAAAAACGUAAAAAAGGGUACUUUUUAUAAAUCGUAUGUUUAAGUAUAACUUUUAGCCUACGUAGAUAUUUUACAAAUGUUAUAAGUACGUAAAUUCGUAGUGGUAACAGUUACUCUCGUUUACGUAAGUUAAUUUUAUUACGCUGUUUAUACUGUACCUAGAGCCAUUUACCUAUACCUACCUACAUACCUACCUACUGGUAUUGUACAGAUGCUUCGAAGAACUUUUCUUUCAAUGAAAUAUGAAGAUAUAAUUUUCAUCAAUCUGCAACUCUAAAACCAUGAUAAAGUAUUGAAUUUUCUCAAAAUUUAAUUUUUUCCAGUUUGAGACUUAUUAUGGAACGUAGGAGUCUCCUAUCGAAGAAACAAGUCGAAAUUCGAAAUUAAUUAGCGCCUUUAAAAAUCCAGAAAAUCAUAGGUCACUUGAAUUUUCGAAUUUUUUUUUGUACAUUUGAGAGUCGGUGUGGGUCUUUAAAGGCUCAAAUUCAUAGAAAAAAAUCGACAUUUGAAGAGUGAUAUUCCAAAACUCGCUUUGUCCAUUUUCACAACUUUUCAGGAGAGAGGAAAAACAGUUUCCCUUUAAACGGGUAAAUUGGCUUUUUAGGCGAGUUUAGCACUUUAUUUGGGUGGAUUUAUGAUGUAGGAGUGUAGGUAUACAUUUCAUCCACUAAAUACUGCUGAAAAAAAUUUCAAUAAAAGUGGACAAAGCGCGUUUUGGAACAUUAUUUUUUUUUAAAGUUUUAGUGAAUUGGCUAUUUAGGUGAGUUUAAAACCUCAUUUUGGUAGGUUGAUGAUGUAGGAAUGUGAGUUAAUACUUCAUCUACCAGGUACCACUGAAAACCCAACUUUGAUAAAAAUGGACAAAGCGAGUUUUGGAAUAUCACUCUUCAUUUGCUCUUCAAAAAAAUUUUUAAAAAUGAAAUUUUUCAAUUUUUUUUUAAUUUUAUGAGCUUAUUGUGAGGCUUUAUUGAAAACUCGUAUUCAAGAAAUAACUCGAAAUUCGAAAUCAGCGAUCGAAAAGAUUCAUUAAAACUCAGAUUUCUCAAAUAUUUCAUUUUUAUUUCGAAAUUCAGAAGCUCAGUGUGACUUCCAGUAGAUUAAAAUAAAAAAAUUGAGUUCAAAAACAUAAAAAAACGUGUAUUUGAAUUGGGUAUUUAUUCAUUUUUUGAAGUUUGGGAUUAUCGUGAUCAUCAGAAGACACAAAUAAAAAAAUUGAGUUGAAAUUUGAAAUCAGUACUUCUAAAAAGCCAUUAAAAAACAACCUCAAGGAGAAGAAAUUGAAUCUGAUCAGGCUUCAACUGAUCUAAUCUGAUUAAAACUCUCUGAUUUGAUUAGAAAUUGCCAUAUCUAAUUGGGCCAAAGAAUGUACGGAUCUGAUCAAAUCAAUCACGUAUGAUUAGAUCUGUUCAGAUCUGAUGAGGUCCAAUCGGAUCUCCUCUCUUUCAUCUGGUCAAAUCUGAACAUUAUGCUGAAUUCGAUCAAAACUUUCAUCUGACCAAGUCAAAGUCGAUUCAUGGAAUAUCCGGAUCUGAUGAGAUCUGAUCAGGUCUGAUCAAUCAGAUCUAUUCAUAUCUGGUCAGAUCCAAUCAAAUCUCCUCAAUUUCAGCUGGCCAAGUCUAAAAAUAAUAAAUCCGAUCAAAACUUGGAUCUGACGAGGUCAAAUUAAAUCCAUGAAACAUCCGGAUCUGAUCAGAUCUGAUGUGGUCUUAUCUGGUCUCAUCAAUCAGGAAUGAUCGGAUCUGUUCAAAUCUUCUCAAGUCCAAUCAAGUUUCCCUUAUUGGAUCUGAUCAGAAAAUCCGAUUAAAACCUCGAUCUGUCCAAGUGAAAUUGGAUCCAUGGAAUAUUCUGAUCUGAUCAGGAUCCGAUCUGGUCCGACAUGAUCUGAUAAAAUCUGUACUGAUGUGAUCAGAUCCAAUCAAAUUUCCCCAAUUUAAGCUGAUCAAGCCUAAAAAGAAUAAAUCUGAUCAAAUCUAGGAUCUGACGAGGUCAAAUUAAAUCCAUGGAACAUCCGGAUAUGAUCAGAUCUGGUCUGGUCUCAUCAAUCAGGUAUGAUCGGAUCUGUUCAAAUCUUCUCAAGUCCAAUCAAGUUUCCCUUAUUGGAUCUGAUCAGCUAAUCCGAUCGAAACCACGAUCUGACUAAGUGAAAUCGGAUCCAUGGAAUGUUCUGAUCUGAUCAGCAUCUGAUCUGGUCUGGCAUGAUCAGAUCCAAUCAAAUUUCCCCAAUUUCAGCUGAUCAAGUCUAAAAAUAAUAAAUCAGAUCAACACAUGGAUCUGACAAGGUCAAAUUUAAUCCAUAGAACAUCUGGACCUGAUCAGAAUUGAUCAGAUCUGAUCAGAUCUGAGCUGGUCUCAUCAAUCAGGUAUAAUCGGAUCUGUUCAAAUCUCAGAGUACAGUCAAGUUUCCCUUAUUGGAUCUGAUCAGCUAAUCCGAUCAAAACCUCGAUCUGACUAUAAGUGAAAUUGGAUCCAUAGAAUGUUCUGAUCUGAUCAGGAUCUGAUCUGGUCCGGCAUGAUCAGAUCCGAUCAAAUUUCCCCAAUUUCAGCUGAUCAAGUCUAAAAAUAAUAAAUCAGAUCAAAACAUGGAUCUGACAAGGUCAAAUUGAAUCCAUAGAACAUCUGAAUCUGAUCAGAUUUGAUUAGAUCUAAUCAGAUCUGAGCUGGUCUCAUCAAUCAGGUAUAAUCGGAUCGGUUCAAAUCAUCUCAAAGCCCAAUCAAGUUUCCCUUAUUGGAUCUGAUCAGCUAAUCCGAUCAAAACCUCGAUCUGACUAAGUGGAAUUGGAUCCAUGGAAUAUUCUGAUCUGAUCAGGAUCCGAUCUGGUCUGACAUGAUCUGAUAAAAUCUGUACAGAUAUGAUCAGAUCUAAUCAAAUUCCCCCAAUUUCAGCUGAUCAAGCCUAAGAAUAAAUCCUAUCAAAACUUGGAUCUGACGAGGUCAAAUUAAAUCCAUAGAACAUCCGGAUCUGAUCUAGUCUCUGGUCUUAUUUUUCAUGUAUGAUCGGAUAUGUUCAAAUCUUCUCAAGUCCAAUCAAGUUUCCCUAAUUGGAUCUGAUCAGCUAAUCCGAUCAAAACCUCGAUAUGAGUAAGUGAAAUUGGAUCCAUAGAAUGUUCUGAUCUGAUCGGAUCAUGUAUCUGAUCUGAUCGGAUCGUGUAUCUGAUCGGAUCUGAUCAUGUAUCUGAUCUGAUCUGAUCUGACAUGAUCUGAUAAAAUCUGUACUGAUGUGAUCAGAUCCAAUCAGGACGUCUUUAUCGGAUCUGACCCGGUAUGAAUAAAUCGAAUCCGAUCAGAACUUCGAUCUGACUAGGUAAAAUUAUUGGAUACAUGGAAUAUUCGAAUCUGAUCAGAUCUGACAUAGUCUGAGUCUGAUCAAUGAAGUCUGAUCAAAUCUCUUCAGAUGUGAUCAGAUCCAAUCAGGUUUCCCUAUUGGAUCUGAUCGAGUCUCAACAGAUCUUUUUUAAUCAAAUCGUUCUGAUGACCAGAACAAAUUGGAUCUAUGGAAUAUUCGAAUCUUAUCAGAUCUAGUCAGAUACAAUCAGGUCUCUCCUAUUGAAUCUGACCAAGUUUGGACAGUUCUAAUCUGAUCAAAAUUCUGAUCAAACCAAAUAAAAUUGAACCCAUUCGGAUUCUUCUUCUAAAUUUGGUAGUUUUUAUGGGAUUUAGUGGACUCAUAAUAAACAUCAAAAAAUGGAGUUGAAGUUUAAACUCUCCAAAAAUCCAGCAGCUCAGGGGCACUCGAUUUUCAUUGGAGGGGAGAGGGGGAUUGAUUUGUAAUCCUAAUGGUCGAACUUAUGAGACUUGUAUCGAAUAAAUGACUUGAAAUUUGAAAUUAAGCACUUCAAAAAAGUCAAUAACUCGUAGGUCACUCAAAUUCUUCAUUUUUUUUUUUUUUGAAAUUCAUGAUUGUACUUUUUGGAGCUUAGUGUGUUCGUAUCAAAACAUUGAGACAAAAUUCAAAGUCAGCGCUCCCAAAAACUUGGCCAAUUAUGAGUCUUCCAAAUUUUUCAAUUUUUUAAAGAUUUUUGAGCUUAGUCUAACUUUUGAGAGGUUCGUAUCAAAAGAAUAAUUUGAAAUCAAAACUUCCAAAACCCUGAUAACAAACCAUAAGUCACUCUUUGUCAUUUUUUUCCAAAUUUGCGGAUUCAUUGCGGAGGUCAGGGGGCCCAAAUCAAAAAAUUAAGUCAAAAUUCGAACUCAGUGUUGACAAAAUCAUAAUAAACGAUAUGCCACAUAUUUUCAUUUUUUUUUUCAAAAUUUUCCUUAAAAUUGGAAAGGGGGGGGGGCUUGACCUGAGAUUCUUGAACGAAACUCAGACAGAUCUAAAUACGAGUUUAAAAAAAUGUACAUUGGUACGAAAUUUUUUCCCAAAUUUUUAAUCGGUAACCCUCAGAUUUGUCCUUUGAUAAAAAUUCAGCAAUCCCAAAAAAAAAUUCAAAUACUCCAACUUCAACUGAAUUCAUUUUGCAGGUUUUUGCUUUGAAAUUGAUACGAAAAAAAUAGAAAAAUUGAUGCAUGGAGACCUUCACUUUUUACGAAGCUAGGGGGGAAGGGGGCCCGAAAUGGUUUGUGGUAGUUUCUAACCCUAUCCACCGACAGCGAACCCCAUAAAAAAAUUCCGAACAAAAUUGCAAGUCCUCAGGCCAAAAAAAAGUGUUUGUGAAAAAAUUACUCGAAAGAAGAAAAGAGGAAACUGAAAGGGAUGAAAAAUGCACGGAAAGGGAGGGUUGACAAGAGGGGGAAGCAAGGACCGUCACAGACUCUCAAAUGACCUCGUUAAAGUACGUUUUUACCGUCUAUAUUCAGAAUAUCGUAGGCUAAAAAACAAUAAUUCGUAUUUACGGCGAACUGAGUAGGCAAUUUAUUCUACAUCACUUGUUCGUAUUUACGGCGAACUGGGUAGGCAACUUAUUUCACAUCAUUUUUUUAUAAUGGGUUUCUAAUACUGUAACGAUAAAUUAAAUUAAAUUUCAUCGUUUUUUCCCUCAAUCUUUAAAUGAAAUUUAAUUAACAAUUUAAUUCAAUUUAAGCGAAAUUUAGAUGGAUGGAGAACGUGAGCAAAGCUUGUUUCCAAAUUCGAUAUGUUUUCUCACAGUAUAGGUAUAAUUUUGGCAGAAUAAAUAGGUAAUUUUGUAGUUUUUACUCGAUCAGUUGACCAGAAUAAUCGAUUAUGUACGAAUGGGAUUAUUGAAAUGCUCUCAAAAAUAGUCAAUUCGUCAAUUAACUCCUGUUCUACAUAAUCGCAGGUUUCGAUUACCCAUCAAUUUACAAUAUAUUUAUAGCUUCAUAUCGACACUUUUCGACUUGAAAAAUCCUUCAUCAGUAAUCAAAUUUCGAACCUUCUUAAAACGAAAUCUAUAAAAACUUGGCAUUGAACGUUUUUAUUACAAUUUCUAGCUAAAAUUCAUCGGCUCGAAAUUCGUUGAAAUAAAAGGCGGAUCUUGUUGAAAAAUUAAUUCCCAAAUAAAAAUGUCCUUUUUACAUUCUCUUACUCGUACUCGAAAUACCAGUACAGUUGUCGAGAAAUUCAAUAAGUACAAUAAUUAUUACAAACAAUAAAUUAUUCGGAUUUUAAUUACUUCCAGAACACUAAAGAUAAUUAAAUUCUGUAAGUGCCUAACCUUUUUGCGAAUAUAAAAUUCGAGUUAUAUCUCUCCUACAAGAUCCAUUAUCCAUUAAUUAAUAUCCUUUUUUAUUGCGACGAAUCGGCCAUGUUCCAUACACGUUCAAGUACAGUAUAAUUACAGUGUUUAUUACUCGUAUGUUAAGUAAGUCAAAUUUGAUUUUAUAUUACUGUACGCGCGUCUAGGCGUACGUGUAGGCAAUAUAUAGGUAUUGUAUUUACAUUAUAUAGUUAAAAAAGUGAUCGUUGUUAUCUUCCUUUCUUGUUUAGGAAUUAUUUUUACCUAUUGUUAAAGAAAACUUUAAAAUGUAUAAAUGGGUAUAGGUUACCUCGCCUUACCUACUUAUAUUCUCAAUUAGACGAGCUAACGAGGCUAUGAACGUGUUUAUUUUGUUUUUUGUUUGUUUUACGUCUUUUUUUUAUAAACGUAUUAAACUUGAUUAUUGUACUUAUAUACUAUACUGUAUGUAGAUUACGUAGUAUCUUUUCUCUUGUUCUUUUUUUCCCCUCUUUUAUUUCAAGUUUUUUUUUACAUAGAUUUCUUAAGUGUAUAUUAAUUGUACUUUUCUCCCCCUCAUAUAUAUAUUUUUUUGUUUACGUACCUAUCGAUAGGUAAAAGUACCUAAGUAGGUACUUUUUAGACAGUGAUGGACGUGUUCGCGAACGGUUUACAGUUUGCGGGAGAAUAAAUCGAACCUUUCCCCUAAUUUUUUUUUUGCCAAAAGUUUCUUUACACGUAUAAUACCUACUCGAGGUCUACAACACUUGGUUACCUAUACUAUGUACUUUUACAAGGUCCUAAAUCAAGGCGAGGUUUUCCAACAUUGUUUUUUCAACGAAGUAAAGAACGAAAUUGGUAAUAAAAGUUAUUCAAGUGGAACGAAUGGCCAAAAAAAAAACCUAAAGCGCCCAUCACUGGUGCUAUAGAUAGGCGAGUAAGCAUUAGGUAUAGGUAUUAGGUAUACGAAUCAGUUUAAUGCACGAAAAGAAUAGUGCACAUUGAUUUACAAUAGUACAAUAGGAAUAAUGUAGUUUGUAUAAUUUCAAAAAGAGUAUAAUGCGUUGCAUACAUUGAAAUAUUGCCCAUUUUUGGGAAGCUCAUUUACCUAUAGAUAAGUCUUAUGUAGAUAAUUCCGAUAGGAAUUAGAUCGAAGAAAAAUUAUUAUAAGGAGUGAGGGGCAAACCAUGAAUUUUUAAAACUAAAUUGAAAAAAAAAUUCAACUGUUGGUAAUAAUUUUUUCAACUUGAAAGUCAAUUUUGUUUACCUAAAAAGAGAGAAUUGUCUAAUUGCUUUCCUGGUCCAGUCUUUAAAAACAAUACUAACCACUGCGUUUGCCUGCAGGCCUGCACUCUCACUCUUUUCUUAAUUUCAAUGGCUAAUAAGUGCCUAGCGAAGCAGUAGUGGCAGCGAGAGCUGAAAAAGUACUCGUUAGAAAAUUUAUAUAAAUAGUUGAGGUGACAUGUCAAUUAUGUUAGUGACCUAUUCGAUGUAAAUUAUUGGUUGAGGUAUAAUUUUUAGUGGAAACGGUGCAAUUGAAUUUGUUUAAUUUAUGAGUAUAGGGCGGAGGAGCACAGCUUUCUAAGGUCAAAAAGCUUUAAUUUGAUUACUCAGCAAGGGGGGGAUUGAAUCUGAUCAGAUCAAGAAAUUGAUCGUAAUUCGUGUCUGAGCAGAUUUGAUUUGGUAUCCGCUUAUCUGAACAAAAAAAUUAUUGGAAUGGAAACUUACCUUGAAGAAAUUCAAAAGAUCUGAUCAAACGGUUAUUUAAACCUUUUGAUCGCAUCUAAAGUCUGAACUGAUCUGAUCACUUUCUUUUGGGUAGAUAUUGUGGUUUUAGAUGUGCAUUUGAAAAAAAAAAACUGUAUCUGAUCAGAUCCAAACAGAUCUAACACUUGGCUAACUUGGCUGAUUAAAUCUGGUCAGAUUGAACCAGAUCCAGGGAAUACCUACUCAGAUCUGGUCUGUUCUGAUCAGAAAAUAUCAUCACUUUCUACUGGGUGCUCAGAUAAGCAAGCACAUGCUCGAGAAAAAUGAUUGAAUCAGAUCGAUAUCUGGUCAGGUUUCAGUUGAUCUGAUCAAUCGCAUCCAAUUGGAUCUGAUCACGAUGAAUGUGUGGAUCUGAUCUGAUCCGAUCAUAUUGUGAUUUGAUAUAAUCCAACAAAUCUAAUAAGAUUUGAUCAAAUUAGUCAACUGUGACCUGAUCACACUUAAUCAGAUCUGAUCACAUUUUCUCAUCUGAUCGGGUCUGAACAGAUCCGAUGAUGUCAGAACUUUCUUAUCUGAUUACAAUUAAUCAGAUCAGAUCAGACCCGAUGGAUUGUGCGGAUCUGAUCUGAUCUGAUCUGAUUAUCAUAUUUGGUGGAGAUUAUAUCAAACUGGUCAAACGUGAUCUGCUCAGAUCAGCUCAGAUAUGAUCAGAUCACAUUUUUUUAUAAUAUUGGAUUAGAACAGAUCUGUAAUCCAAUCACAACUCUCUUAUUUCAUUAAAUCUGAUCACAUCAAAUUGGAUCGAAUGAACGUAUUGAUGUUGAUCUGAUCUGAUCAUAUUCUGAUCUGAUCUGACCAUAGUCUGAUCUGAUCUGAUCUGAUCUGAUCAUAAUCUGAUCGUAGUCUGAUCUGAUCUGAUCAAAUUCUGAUCUGAUCUGAUCAAAUUCUGAUCUUAUCCGAUCAUAGUCUGGUCUGAUCUGAUCACAUUCUGAUCUGAUCAUAUUCUGAACUGAUCUGAUCAUAUUCUGAUCCGAUCUGACCAUAGUCUGAUCCGAUCUGACCAUAGUCUAAUCCGAUCUGACCAUAGUCUGAUCCUAUCUGACCAUAGUCUGAUCCGAUCUGACCAUAGUCUGAUCCGAUCUGACCAUAGUCUGAUCCGAUCUGACCAUAGUCUGAUCUGAUCUGAUCAUAUUCUGAUCUGAUCUGAUCAUAGUCUGGUCUGAUCUGAUCUGAUCAUAUUCUGAUCAGAUGUAAUCCAACAAAUCUAAUCAAAUUUAUCAAAUUGGUAGAAUGAGAAUGUGAGCUGGUCAGAUUUAAUCAGAUAUGAUCACAUUUCAUCAUCAGAUUAGGCCUGAAGAAAUCUAAUCCAAUGAACAUACAAAGCUGAUCUGAUCUGAUCUGUUAUUACCAUAUCUUAUCUGAUGUAAUGCGAUGUGAUCUGAUCUGUUCUGAUCCUAUCUGAUGUAAUAUGAUCUGAUAAUAUAUAAUCUGAUUUGAUGCGAUUUCAUCUGAUCUGUUCUGAUCUGAUCUUAUCUGAUGUAAUCUGAUCUGAUCUGAUCUGAUCUGAUCUGAUCAUAUUAUGAUUAAAAAUAAUCCAACAAAUCUAAACCGAUUUUUCAAAUUGGUUGAAUAUGAGCUGAUCAAAUGUAAUCAGAUUUGAUCACAUUUCAUCAUCUGAUCAGGCCGGAACAAAUCUAAUCCAAUGAACAAGUGGAUCUGAUCUUACCUGGUCGGUCAUGUUCUGAUCUUAUCAUAUCUUAUCUGAUGCAAUCCGAUCUGAUCCAUUCUAAUUUGAUCUGAUUUGAUCUGUUCUGUUCUGAUCUUAUCUAAUGUAAGAUGUAAUAUGAGCUGAUCUGAUGCGAUCUGAUCUGAUCAGUCUGAUGCAAUAUUAUAUAAUCUGAUGUACCUAACUGAUGUGAUCUGUUCUGAUAUUAUUCGAUGUAGUAAGAUCUGAUGAUAUAUAAUCUGAUCUGAUCUGAUGCGAUCUGAACUGAUCUGAUGCGAUCUGAUCUGAUCUGAUCUUAUCUUAUCUGAUGUAAUCUGAUCUGAUAUUAUAUAAUCUGAUCUGAUGCGAUAUGAUCUGGUCUGAUGCAAUAUUAUAUAAUCUAAUCUGAUCUGAUGCAAUAUUAUAUUAUCCGAUGUAGGUACCUAAUCUGAUGUGAUCUGUUCUGAUCUUAUCUGAUGUAAUAUGAUCUGAUAAUAUACAAUCUUAUCUGAGGCAAUUUGAUCUGAUUUGAUGCGAUCUGAUGUGACCUGAUGUGAUCUGAUCUUAUCUUAUCAGAUGUUAUCUGAUCUGAUAUUAUAUAAUCUGACCUGAUGCGAUAUGAUCUGGUCUGAUUUGAUCUGAUAUGAUGGAUCUGAUUUGAUCUGAUCUGAUCUGUUCUGGUUCGAUUUAAUCUGAUCUGAUGCGAUCAGGUCUGAUUUGUUCUGAUCUGAUCUAAUUUGAUCUGAUCUAAUUUGAUCUGAUCUGAUAUGAUCUAUCUGAUCUGAUUUGCUCUAAUCUGAUCUGAUUUGCUCUAAUCUGAUGUGAUCUGAUCUAGUCUGAUCAUAUUCUGAUCGCCAAUUCAAGGAAGCCGAGAGGGGGAGUCUGAAUUUAAUCAGGGAUAGGUAGACAAAAAAGCUAUAAAAUGAAAUCAUAUUUUCAGUUUAGAAAACUGUACUUAAUUCUAGUCUUAUUUUAAUCACCACCUUACGUGUCAAAAAUUUCUGAACAACAGGUAAAGCUGGAUAGGUUGAUUGUAACUCAAAAAUCAUUUUUCAGUAAAAAAAUCUAAUUUUAGAUGGGGCACUUCUGGCCAAUAUUGUAGGUCUCAAAGUUCAUUUUUUGGAGUUUUGGGCUAUGUUUGAAAAUCAAGGGUCCAAAGGGCCAAAAAACUGAAAAAUCCAAAUUUUACCCAAUUCAGCCAGAAUACUGAAAAUUUAGUGGUAGUCUAUUUUUGACCUGGAAAAUUGAUUGGAAACAGUUUCGAGCCAUUUUGAGGAGCUUAGGUCGAGCCUCUAAAAAAUUUUUAAAAUCAAAAUUUCUACAAAAUUUUACCUACCCAAUUAAAUUUGAAAUUUAGUUUAUGCUUUAUUUUCGACAUUUUGAGAUGACUGGAGGGGCAUCUGUGCGUGCCAAAAUUCAUUUAAACAACGUUUGAGGCAUUCUUUUUUCAAAAACUGAAAUUUCCAAAAUUCCUCUGGAAGCUCCCGAAGAAAAAGAUAACGGUUUCAUUUCAAUUUUUUCUGGGCUGAAUGGCGAAAUACUUUUUUCUAUCACAUACAAUUUUACUAUAGAGUUUAUUCAUUCUAGAAAACAUUUCAAGUUCUGUCUCUACUGUUUGGGAUUAGAAUUCAAAACUUUUUUUUUGCAGCUGUCAGUGAACUAAUAAUUAUUUAAGUGCAUACUUACUUGCCCCAUAAAAAUUGAGUGCUCACCCAAGUUUAGAACUCGGGGUUUCGAAUGCGUUUCUACGUAUUGCAAUUAUACACGUAGAUAAAAUGUAUUAUUACUUAUACGUGUGCCAGAAAUUACUUCUACGUACUCACUUUAGGAGUGUAGGUUACUCGAGUCAAUACUUUCGCAUUGCAUAGUUGAAAUUACCUAAUUUGUAAGCUGCUGUACGCAUUAGACGAGUAUGCAUUAUAUAGGUACAUACUUGUAGCUCACAUAAGUACAAGUGUAAGUUACUUGUAUGUUUUGUUUUGUUGUUUUGUUAUGUUAUGUUACGUUAUGUUAUGUUGUAUUGUGUUAUGUUGAAAAUCUCAGCGUGUACAGGGACCAAAAAACGACAUCUGACACCAAUUUAAAUAUGCAAUUACGUUUUUCUUAUAUUCUUGUUUCGUUUAUUCAUUUGUAUACAUACAAUAAUAUUCGUAUAAGUAAAAAUAAAAAUUUAAAACAUGAAAAAUGAUCAA